GAGUUGUAUAUAUAUAUAGAGAGAUGGCAAUCAGCAGGGUUAAAGAAAAUCAGUUGUUCAACCUGUACAUGUAAGAGUCAAUAUGAAAAAAAGAAGGAUGGCAGCCUACAGGACUGGAAAAAUAUAAGCAACCAGCUGUAUGAAUGUUUUCUGUCAACUGAAUAUUUAAGUAACUGUAAUUGUCACGAUUGUGAAGAAAGCAGUCAGUUGUACCGAUGUGUUGACUGUUGUCCAUGGGAAGCAGUUUGUGGAAAUUGUCUACAAAAGAGACAUCAAUUUCCUCAUUUGCACAUUUUUGAGGCAUGGAGGAAGGAAGCAUAUGUUGGAGCUGUGUUAGAUACACCACCAUGGACAAUACGGUCUCAUACAUGUUGCAGUUCAAAGUAUUUGAAAAGUAUUGUAAUAGUUGAUGAAAAAGGCAGACAACACAUAAGAUCCCUUCAAUUUUGCAAGUGUGAGGGUGAAGCCAUAACACUUAUUAGGUACAGACUUUGGCCUUCUUCAACCAAGUUUCCUAGAAUAGCCUUUCAUUUUGAUUUGCUGAAAUGGUUUAAUGGGCUUCUUAUUGAAUGCCAUCUGUCUGUAAAAGGAUUCUGUGAAGCACUGAAGGCCAAGAGUUCAAAACACCACAGUAGUUAUUUUGAUUAUCCGAUUAAAGAUAUUUAUAAAGUGUUGAUUAGUGAAACAGUAACAGAAUUUCGUCAUUUCCUGCACAGAAUUGAACAGCCAUCAAACCUUUGUGAGACCCUUGAUGAUGGCACAGAAUGCCCAGCUUGUUUUUCUACAUCAACUAAGAUCUACAGCUUUGAUGCUGAUUUUCAAUUAGUUCGCAAAUCAUCAGCUGGUAAGCAGUGGGAACAGCCCAAGCACCAUGAUUGCUUCUUCCUUGAUCAAGCAAAGGUCGACAAAUUUAUGGAGGACUACUGUGCAGAUAAAAAAAAAACAGAUGUGGAUUGUAGUGAUUUCCAGGCAGGUAAUAAUGUGAGAUCAAAGAAUAAAACCACCAAGCUAUCAGAGACAGCAGUAUUUGGUUCAACCUGUCGUCAUGAAUAUCCCAAAUAUUUCUUUAGUCUUAAACAUGGUGAAAGAUUGGGGUAUUCUGUUUAUUUGUUAAACAAAUUGCUGGAAGAAAAACCAGUUGAUGACAGCAAUCCAAUUUAUGUCAUGUAUGACAUUGCUUGCAACCUACACAGUCAUUUAAAGAAACAUGCAGCUUCCUCAGUUUUGGAUAAAGUCAAGUUUUCUAUACCAAUAUUUCAUUCAUAUGGCCAUAAAAUGAGUUGUCAGGUUUUAUAUGGUCCAAGACGAACAAGUGGCAUAGGUCUUACUGAUGGUGAGAGUUUGGAGCGACUAUGGUCCUACCUUGGAAAAUUCUCGAGAAUAACAAAAGAAAUGACACCGGAAAAUAGAAUAGAUCUCUUGACUGAUGCUUUACUACAUUAUGGUAGUAGAAUAAGGAACAAGCUCAGUCAGAGUCUACCUGGAAGAAUGAAAAAGGCCAUCUUUCUUGAAAACACAAGUAGUACAACCUUGCAAGAACUUUUAAAACCAUUACCAGGUGUAUCUGAUGAAAUGGUGAAUAAAUGGAUUGAAGAUGAAAAACUGAUGUUUAGCUCUACUAACAAUAAUCAGAAAUUGGAAUUGACACCAAAAGAAGAUUACUGUCUGAAGUUGGAAGAGCGAUAUAAAAUGAGAGAGACACUGCCUCUUGGACAGCUUAAAGAAGAUAUAACAUACAAAAGAUUGAAUAAGACCAUCCAAAAAAUUGAAAGUGGACUGAAAGUUAGUUAUGCGAAGUCUGACAUACUAUUUGAAAGACACCUGUCAAGUGCGAAAGAAAAAAACAGACUGCAUAUACUUAAAAAAUUGCAGAGGCUAAUCAGUGAAAGGCACUUCCUGUUAGAUCUGAUAAAGAAAUAUGCCAGAGGACAAGCUAUUGCAAUUCGCCUUUCAAAGCAGGUACAGAAGGUAGUGGCUAAGAUCAAACAGUCUUUGGCAGAGUACAAUUUGGUUGGAGAGCCGUCCAUGUCUUUUCCACUCAAAUUAGAUUUUGAAGACAUUAAAAACCAAGAAAAUGAAAUUUGGCGUAAAGUUGAAGUGACAGACCAAGCUGAUAAUUUAUCAGCUGUGAAAAGACAGGCUAUUCAGUUGAAGUCAAUGAUUGACAGAGCAAAGGAGGAGCAGUGCCUCGUUAAAGCAGAAAUGGUUUCUACAAUAAAAUGGUACAGACAUCAACAUUCACUGCUCAUUGCUUCAAUGAAUGAUUCUACAGAAGGAAGAAAAGCCUGCCUAGUGAAGGAAGGAUUAUUCAUUGAAGCAAAAUUGUUGGAAUUUAUCAAAUCGUUUGAUGAACAUAUUAUUGUAGAAGAAAGUGUGCAAACAAUAUUUUUUUCUAUUGUUGGAUUGGAUAACGAUGUAGUUGAGAUAAAUGAUUUUGAGUUGCCAGACUUUGAUGAAAAUGUUCUUAUAAAUGUUGAUUUUGUUGAUGAUGAUGAUGAAGAUGAUAUAAAUGUUUUAGACUUCAAUGAAGAGAAUUUAAAUUUUGAAGAUUUUGAAGAUGACAGUAAUUUACAUGAUAUUUAGACUAUCCAUUUUUAACAGUUGUAAGAAACUUAUAAUUGUUGAUUUACAUUCAAUAUUGUUCAAGUGAAUUGUUUGUUUUUUUUUUAAAAUCUGUUUAGAAUUAAAUUAUAAACACUUUCAAGCCUAUACUUUUAUUGUAUGACUAAAAUAGGAAUUUUUGCACAUAUUACUUAAUAUAAUGUCAUUUCUAAUAGAAUUGUUAUUACGUGACAACUCUUUGAAUUAUGGAUUAUAAAGGAUAUUUUUCUUUUGAUGUUUUUGUCUUUUUUAAUCUCGUUCUAGAAUUAUUUCAAAAACAUCUGAUACAAGUGGAAAAUAGCAAUGAAUUUUAUAAAUAUCGUAAGUCAACUAACUCUGUGAAAAAAUUGUGUAAUUAAAUUAGUAGUUUCUGAGUAUAAUACAUUUUUCAAAUUUCUAUUACAUUUGUACCUAUAAAUUCAGACUUUUUAGCAAUUUUUUUGAGAAAACUGGUGAGGAGUACAAGAAAUGAAUUCACAAGAAUCAUGUUCUUUACAUCCCAUAUAACAUUUUUCUUUUCAAAUUUCUUUGAUACACAUAUGUAUUUUUUCAAUCAUUUAUAACAAAGAAGUUGAAAUAAUAUGCAUUUUGUUCAUAAAUCAGAGAAAAAUAACAAAUUGACAAAAUUGAUAGCAAGUUAGGGCUAUUCCAUUUAAACAUAGAUCAACCCCCAGGAAGGCAUUUUGAAACCACUUCUAGUGGUGGGUGCCCUUUUCAAAGUUUUGAUGAGGACAAUCCUUCAAAAUUUGUAAAAAUGCUUCUCUGGGUGGCUGCCCUAUUGUCAUAGUGCCUUCCUGGGGGUUGAUGUAUGUUUAAAUGGAAUAGCCCUUAACUGAAACAU